UAAUAAUAAAAUAGGAGGGUCAUUUAGGCGCAGAAAAAUAAAAAAUAAAUAAACUUGUUUCCUCCAAGUUGAAGCAUAAAGAUGUUGGGGAAAACAAUGUUGGGAAAAACAAGUUGGGGGAAAACAAUGUUGGGAAAAACAAGUUGGGGGAAAACAAUGUUGGGAGAAACAAAGUUGGAAGAAAAACAAUGCUGGGGAAAACACGGGGAAAAACAAAAGUUGGGGAAAAACAAGUUGGGGGAACACACAGUUGUGGGAAAACAAGUUGGCGCCAAAAACAAUGUUGGGGAAAACAAAGUUAGGGGAAAAACAAUGUUUGUGGAAAACAAAGUUGGGGAAAACAAUGUUGGAGGAAAAACAAUGUUGGGGGAAAACAAAGUUGAGAGAAAGAAAGUGGGAGAAAAAACAAGUUGGCGCCAAAAAUGAAGGUGCGC